UGUUUCCAGAGGGGUUGAAUCUCCGCUACUCUGCGCAUCUGUGCUGAGUCACCCAAUCCAUCAGUGAGUACGAGAUUCUAAGUUGAAUGACUAAAAAAUCAAAGAAAUGGCCCCGAGCGGGGUUCCGGGGUUCCUGUUUGGUUGCCAGCGCUGAUUCGACCCAUUCAGCGACCUCCCUCGAUACUUACAGUCUGGCGUUCGAAUGCCGAUUUCACUCAUCCAACAUAACUUGUUGCCCGCUUUCUUUGCUACAUAAAUGCGAGGUCGCCAUGAGCGUCAAAUCAUCCAAACAUUCCCUAUUUCUUUGUUGGACUCUAUAUCAUAUCUUCCCUUGCACGCACACUCGAGUACCACCGAAUCGAAGGACCGUGGGUGGAUUUAGGACGCCUAAAACUAAGCAAUUUUUGUUGAUGCCAGACUGGAAUACAUCUAUUUCCAAUCCGGGGGAAAGGGAUCGUCACCGCCUCUAUCUCAGCGUGUCCUACAGACCUUCAAUGGAACCAGCUAAGACCGUCACAUUGCCCUGUGUGUUUUUCGCGGAUUGUAGCGGAGCAAUCGCGAUAGUGUUGAAAUUGCUCCCCCAGGCAACAGUUGAUCAUUUCGAACCCUGGUCUUGUAAAGGAGGCUGCUGUGGCACCUCAUUGGGGUCCAUAUGAAGCGUCGUAUUGCGGGCUUGGUGCCACGGAGUGACGCCAACUGGGGAAAUUGGGAUUGUUGUAUUUCCAACUCCCAAUGUUCGAUGUGAGUGAAUGCGGGACAGGGUCGAAAGAAGGCGUCAUUAUCGAGAAGGUUUUGAAUGACGAAGGCGACGUGACGCCACCCAGCA